AGUAGGAUCGGGCUAUAUCAGUAGUAUACCUCGAGAGUAACAGCUUAUGAUAACGACUCUGGUUUCCCCUGCAUAGCGUGUAUAUCGGCUCUUCCAUACAGGCAUACUGGCGGUUUUUGCUUUUCUGGCGUUUUCUUUUAGGAAAUUGGGGAAUAGCUCAUAAAGAGCGUCUCUAUCUACUUGUAUCGGCUUUUGCAUGUCACUCCGCCGCCUUCUUCUAUUCGGCGUAAUGUCUUUUUUUAUAGCUAUUAUUAUACCGAAAGCCCUCGGGCGGAUUCAUGUACUCAAAUUCCUAGGUAGACGCUUCGUGUCUCUCUCACUGAAUAGAUCUCUUUUGUUGUCGGAUCCUCUUCUCCAUGUGUGUUGCUCGCUGUUCAUUGUUGUGAUGUAUGGUUUCCACUUUCGCAUGCACCCAUCUUCCCUAUUUUAUUGUCUAUCUAUCAUAUUUGUCAAUUGCUUGCUGUUCCUUAUUGUGAUGUUUGGAGCUUACUCUCGCAUUUACCUAUCCUCCAUAUUUCUUGGUCUGUCCCGAUCCUCCAUGUUUGCGGCUCACCGUGAGGUGACGUUUGGAGCUCGCUUUCGCAACCACACAUCUUCCCUUUCUUUUGAGGGGCCCAAUUCUCCAUGUUUGUUGCUUACCGUUCUUUGUUAUGACGGUUGGUGUUCACUUUCUCGAUCAUUCGUGGUCGCUCUGCUCUUCACAAGACAAAACAAAUUGACCCACGUGACUAUAUCGUGGUUGCCAAAUCAACAUCACCCACCAACCUCUCAUGUUAACACUUCCACCUCACUUCUCACUUGAUCCUUCCAUUAACCUAACCUUCGAUCGAUCCGCCCAUAUCCUUGGCCCACAAGGUACCUACUCGUCCAGUUCUUCCCCUCCUAUCUGGCCACCUUGACUGGCAAGGCCACUGCCCAAGGCUUCACCUCGCGAUUAAGUCGCUGCUCUACAUAACUAUACUCGCUUACCUGACUUCAAUUUUCAGCUGCGGGUCCACUCUACAGCCUAUCCACUGCAUCAUAUGCCAUUGCCAGCCUAGCCAGGCACGAUGGCCGUCUUGAGCUUCCGCGAGCACGGUGACUUCAAGGUUGAGAUC